AACUUUUGGUCGGCAUGUAAAUAGGCUAAGCUUCCCCGUUCGUUUGCUUUCCACAAUAAAUGAAUAAUGCAAUGCUUUCAUCCUUGUUUCCUUGGCAGUCAGGUGAUUUGGUCAAUUGAUGGUCAGUGCAGUUGCCUUAAAUUUCAGAUGGAACAGACGUCACUGAUCCUCUCCUCUUCAGCGAACCAUUCAAAUUAAGAACGUUCCUCUAGCAUUGACACAUCGGAUGUUAUUUCAUCGUUAUUUUGGUUCUCAAUCUACACACAAUGUGGGUCAUUGGACUUCAGACAGUAUAUAUUCCAUGAAAUUGGCUUGGUUCAAGUUAGCAGGUUUGUAAAAGCAAAGAAAAAGAAAAGAAAAGAAGAAAAAGAAAGGAAAAGAAGAAAGGGACAAGUCAUGAACAAUAUAUACCAUAGAUAUACAUCUUCAUCAAGGACCCUUUAUCGAGUGUUAAUAUUAAAAAGUGCCAGGGGAAGGGUCAGAUGACAUCAUGGGGACCGUGCAUACCUUUCAAACAUCCCGCGCUUACGCACUCUCUUCUCAAGCCGAUCUAGACUUUCCUGACCUCUAUUCCCCCUCCAUCUGCAUUCCACAACCGCAUCGGAUAUCGGUGCUAUCUCGACAACCAUGGCAGAGGAACAAGACCCCAUCGUUCAGGCCUUGCCACCGGCCACCGACUACCUCACUUAUCUCACCUUGUUGGAAUACCAAUUGACCCCCGCUCGCUUGCCAACGCUCCACAAGCUUCUGCAGGAUGAGGUUUUGACCACCAAUAUUGGCUGGGACUUGGUCCAAUUGCUGUUGCCAAUGCUUCCCCAAUCUCUGGAAUGCCUUCAGGAUAUUGCCCGUCUGGGUAAUCCCAGAGAGGUCAUCCUACGAGUAUCCGAAACCCUGAUGCAGUUACAACCCGAAGACGAGGACGAAGAGGGAGAGGACCAGGCACCAGAGUCUUCUGCCACCCAUGAAGCGGAUGCCGGUGAUGCGAAGCCGGAAAGUGCCAUAGGUAACGAUGAUGCGGAAUCGAGUGAAACGCAUUCCCUCCCACGGCACGUCCUAAAGUUCAACUCUCUCGUUGCCAUGCUGUCCGUUCUUCAUUCCCGCAUCCAGACAAAAUCACCCAGUCGCUUCCUUGCUACUUCCCUGCAAGCUGUAUUAGAAGCCUAUACACUGAUGCCCACCAAUGAGACUACUAUCGCCCUUCUAGAAUUCUUCAGAGACGUGUCUCCCUCAAAGAGGCCUGCGCCACCACCUCGUGCAGCAAGCGAGUCGAGCAUACUGCGAGUUGCCGAAGCCUCUGCUCCAGACCCAGAAGCUGAGGUUCAGUCGCCCAAUCCAAGUAACAACAACGAACCAGCACUCAUCAAGAGAUUCUUGCAAUUUGGUCUGAUCGAGCUGAUCAAGUCAUACAUCCUGAGCUUUUCAGGCCCCAUGGCUCCAGGCAUGUCUUGGACGGUUCGCCUGCAGGAGAAGCUUCAGCCGAGACAUCUGGCGGGCAGGGUGUCAGAGACGGAAGUAUUCACCAAUAGCAAGCAGCUGAGGGAGAGAGACAUGAUCAUGGGAAAGAUUACGGCACUUUCUCGGGACUUUGGGUUGGAUGACAAGCAGCUCCUCACGGUCGUCUCGCAGCCGCCUGACCAACAUCCACAGCCGUUGGACUUUGAUGAGCCUCCCAAAAAGGUGGAAGAGAUUCCGCUUGAAAGGCACGGCGCUCUACUUCUUUUGGCUGCUCGAGCCGCCAUGGCCGAACUGUUUUCAUCUGGGCAGGUUACGCCGAUCGCAGUAUUUCCUAACUUGGCACAGAUCUUUGAUAACUUUGUCGGUGGACACAACACGCCGGACGAAAUCGCUUUCGGCCAGCCUCAGGCGCUCUUGGACUCUCUGUUGACACUGACCGUCUUCUCUAUGCAAAAGUCGAUCGGAGAACCGUCAAAUGAGACCGAGUUUAGACGUUUCAUCCUGUCAUUGACCGCGUGCACGACACGACAAACUUACAACUCCAUUAGGCGGAUCCCUGGUACUAUCGUCCACAGUCACCCAUCUCACAUCGUCCGCUUCAAGACCAUCCGCCAGUUCCUAGAAGACGACCGUUACCAACUGGUGAAGGACAGUGCUAUCGGCUGGCUAAAAGACGAAAUCCUCGAGGCCAGCAAAAAUUCCUCUAGCUCCCCCGAGUCUAGUAUAUUCUGCAAUCCGCACUACUUCUCCGUCCUCUUCCCUUUACUGUUCAACUCCUCCGAAUUACUUCUCAAUGUAUCAUCCGACAUCGUCGCAUCGUGGAUUAAAUUCUCCCAAACCUUCACACCGUCCAUCCACGCUGCUCUGAGUCUCUACUACAUCCUCAUCUCCUCUUCCACACUCCGCACCCAACUUCAACUCGAAAAAACGUACAUCUACUUCCGCAAUCGCUUCCUAGAACCACUCAAGUCCCUCCUCCAUGCAUUUGAGAGAGAUCUCACCCGAAAUGGUGGUGAAGGCAAGAUCGAAUCCGCCGUCGGCGAAAACAUGUGCCAGGUAGGCAUGGCCCGAUCUGUGAGCCUCGUCUCUCAUGCCCUGGAGCAGGUUGAGGACGCCAUGGGAGAUGUCUUUGUUGUCGCAGACGAUGAGUUGCAGGAGCCAAGUACGGAUGACAUUGCCAGGGUGGACAAGAUCCGGAAGGAGACUGCCUUGUAAAUAGAUAGUCCCUCUACCUCAUGAUAUUACUAUCCUCUCAGUUCUUAUCGCUGUACAUACAUGGCUAAGCCACGGAUGACUUCAUGAGAUAGCAUGACGUGAUAUGACUUUCAUUAUUCUAGUCGUUUAUCUUCGCGCGCUCUGAGGCCCUUGUGCAGGAAAUGUCAGUAUCUUCUUACUCGACAGAACGUUGUUGACUAGUCUUUUUAACCUUGGUAGUAGAAGAUAUAUCCAACACAAACUUAAACCAAUACACGCACACAAGUGUCUAUAAGAAUUACAAAGCACCCCCCCCCACCGACAUCCUCUAGAGAAAAGGCCCCAUUUAAAACU